AUGGCCGUGAUUUGGAAAAUGCUGCUGGCGCUCGUCGCGGUCGCGUCCCUCCUGCUCUCCCAGGCGUCGGCCGGUGGGGACCAUGAGGCGGCGGCCGGUUGGCUGAUUUAUCCGGCGAGAUCCGGAUGCAGUGGGACCGUCGGCGAGUGCCUAGAGAACGAGGACGAGGAGUUCGCGCUGGAUUCGGAGUCGGCCCGGCGCGUCCUAGCCGGCAGGCGGUACAUCAGCUACGGUGCGCUGCAGAGGAACAGAGUCCCGUGCUCGAGGCGCGGCGCGUCGUACUACAACUGCCGGCCGGGGGCGCAGGCUAAUCCCUACCGCCGCGGAUGCAGCCGCAUCACCCGGUGCAGGAGCUGA